AUCGUACAUCCAUUAACAAUCGAAGGCAAACGGCACCGGAGCAAUCUACACGCGAGCGAUUGAUAAAACUGGGUCGUCGUCGUAGCCCUUUCGAUCGGGACGUCCAGUCCCGAGGGACUAGAACUAGACGAUUCUGUCGCCCAGUAUGAUUACGAUCGUGUAGGAGUUUGCAUCGGAAGGCAUCAGAACAAACGCCGAGUGAACGGAUCGGUAAACUUAAAUCACAAUAAUGCCAGAAGCGACCGAGUGCCAGAUACGGUUUGAUAACAAUCCGUGUGGUGUUUACUUUCCUGGCCAAAGCUUGUCCGGAUACGUGGAGCUACGUGUGCUGGAAGCGUUCAAAGUUAAAGGUGUCAGUCUACAAAUCAAAGGAUUCGCCGAGGUUAAGUGGUCGGAGAGCAGUGGCACGGGAAAAUCCCGCCGAACCGUGCACUACCAUGGGCGGCAGGACUAUAUCAACACGGUCACGUACCUGCAGGGUUCGCCGGAGGGCAAUCCGUUCGAUAUUGCACCCGGCACGCACACGUACCGCUUCGGCUGCCAGCUGCCCCACAAUCUGCCCACCUCGUUCGAGGGCCAGUACGGGCAUGUGCGGUACACGGUGCGCGUCGUGCUGCACCGACCGUGGAAGGUCGAUCCAACGUAUAAGGUCGGCUUUACCGUGUUGCGCCACGUGAAUCUUAACGAGAAUGCGCUCUCGCUGGCCACGCCGUGUAAGCUCGAGCUGCAGAAGGUGUUCUGUUGCGGGCCGUGCGCCUCCGACCCACUGUUCAUCUCGGCCCAGGUCCCGAUCGGUGGGUUCGUGCCCGGCCAAACGAUCGCCGUCCAUAUCGAGGCCUCGAACCGCAGCAAGAAGCGGGUGAACGAGUUCAGCACGAAGCUGAUGAAGAACGUGUGCUACAUCAGCCAGACACCGUACAGCCGGGUGAAGCUGGUGCCGGAAGUGGUGGCCGAAGUACGCUGCCAGGGUGUUGCCGCCGGCGAGCAAAUUACCAGGGAUCAGUUUUUGGCAAUACCGGCCCUACCGUCCACUAGCACCCAGUGUCAGGUGCUGACGCUCGGGUACGAGGUGGAGGUGGAGGCCAAAAUUCCCGGUCCAAACAUUAAUCCGCGCAUUCGCAUUCCGAUAACGCUCGGCACGGUACCAUUAGCGGCACAUGCCAUCCCCACGAUUGGAACUUACGAACAGUUACAGGCGUAUCCCGUACCGGCCAUACCGGAACGGGGAGUGUCCGAACCAACAGCCCCGCCUCCUCCUCCCGUGCCGUACGAUCAACUAAAACCAACUGCGGCGUCAACCGUACCCACGGAUCAACUGCCGCCACCGACGUACGAGGAAGCCGUUGGAUCGACACCGGCCAACAUACUCGAGGAGGGUGAAGAAAAUACGGGCAGUAACAACUUUACACCUCAGUACAUGGUUUACCGGUUCAGCGAGUAGGAGCUCUUCACGGACGCGAUUCCACUGACGAUCAACAUCACGUGUAUAAAAGCUGCUGUUCUUUUCGUUCAUAUUUUAACAAGUACCAUCACUUCACUUACUGGGGUAGUAAUAAAUGAUACGUUUACCAUACAACUGGGAAAUAUA